AUCAGUUCCGUAAAAUCGGAAGAUAAGGUUUGAAUGCUCUCUGAACCCUUUAUUCUCCCUCGCCAAAAAUUUGUACCCGUAUUUCGUUCCUCACGCAUCAUGAGUUCGCCGGCGGCGUCUCUCCAUUGGGAUCAUUCUCGUAUGCUGUCAGUGCCAUGGAAUGUCCAUCACCGGAGUAUUCGUCGCACUCUUUUCUUUUCUGCUUCUUCUUCUUCUCAGUUGAGCUGGAGUUGGUCUUGCGUUUCGAAAAAGGUCCAAUUGCAGCUAAUGCUCGCCAGAUCUUGCAGGUCAUGUGUUCCAUGCCGAGCAACGAUGAAAACAGAGCCGGAGAGUGACGAUGCAGAGGAAAGAGAAUUAUCUGAGAAUGGAACAUCCCCAUCUGCGGUUGAUGGCCUAGUGGAAAACAGCGGGGAUCUUAAUUUUAAAUCUACGAGCGAUCUAGAAAAACAUGAACCUGAUUCGAUGGAGUUGCUGGAUUUGAAGGACUCAAUUAAUAACAUUGAUGGGAACUUUGCUGGUGAAGUUAACAUCCAGGAGAAGGAUGAAGACAUGGACGUUGCUAGUGGUUCUCCUUUACCUGGAAUGAAGAGUAUUGGAGAAUCCAUUCGAAUUUCCAAAGCCACAAUUGAUAUUUUUAAAGAUCAAGUUUUUGGUUUUGACACAUUUUUUGUGACAAACCAAGAACCAUAUGAGGGUGGGGUUUUGUUUCGAGGCAAUCUAAGAGGGAAGGCUUCUAAAAGUUAUGAGAAGAUAACAAAGAGAAUGCAGGAUAGAUUUGGGGAUCAGUAUAAGUUUUUCCUUCUGAUUGAUCCGGAGGAUGAUAAACCAGUGGCCGUUGUGGUGCCUAAACAAACUUUCCAGGUUGAAGCAACUGCUGUCCCAGAAUGGUUUGCUGCCAGUGCUUUUGGACUGGUCACCAUUUUCACCUUACUUCUCCAAAAUGUGCCUGCAUUGCAGUCGAACUUGUUGUCAAUGUUUGACAAUCUUGAAUUGUUGAAAGAUGGCCUUCCUGGAUCCCUUGUUACUGCUCUUAUUUUAGGGUCCCACGAAGCUGGUCAUAUUUUAGUUGCAAGAGAUAUUGGUGUCAAGCUUGGAGUACCAUAUUUUGUCCCUAGCUGGCAGAUAGGCUCCUUUGGUGCAAUCACAAGGAUUGUUAGUAUUGUGACCAAUCGUGAGGACUUACUCAAGCUUGCAGCUGCUGGACCGUUGGCUGGAUUCUUAUUGGGUCUUUUAUUUCUUCUAUUGGGUUUGAUCUUGCCUCCUGCUGAUGGCAUUGGGGUCAUUGUUGAUCCAGCUGUUUUUCAUCAGUCAUUUCUUGCUGGAAGUAUUGCAAAGCUUGUUCUUGGAGAUGCUCUGAGAGAGGGAACUCCUUUAUCUGUGAACCCACUUGUUCUUUGGUCUUGGGCUGGGCUUCUCAUUAAUGGUAUAAACAUGAUUCCAACAGGGGAGGUUGAUGGUGGUCGUAUAUCAUUUGCUCUCUGGGGAAGAAAGGUUUCUACUCGAUUAAGUGGCAUCACUCUUGCACUGCUUGGAAUAUCUUCACUAUUCAGCGAUGUCUCUUUUUAUUGGGCAGUUUUAGUAUUUUUCUUACAAAGAGGUCCAAUUGCUCCACUACAUGAGGAGAUCACCGAACCUGGGGAAAAAUACAUUGGUAUAGGUGUUGCAGUUUUAUUACUGGGACUUCUAAUAUGUUUGCCUUAUCCCUUCCCUUUUGUUAAUGAUGCAACAAAUUUUGAAUUUUGAAUUAUUUAUAUUAAGCAUACAUACAUAUCUUCAAUUUAUUUCAA